CCGUAGCUUUAUGCAGCAGCUAAAGGAUAAGUGUAUAAAGGAUAUCAAGACAGCAACAGAAGCAGUUGGUCACCGAUAUGUUUAGCACAAUCAAGAAGCUGAUCAGGGGCCCUGUGCUAGUUCCUUCACCAGCCACAACACCUGCUCCUACACCUGCUCCUGCAUCAGCUCCUGCACCAGCUUCACCACCAGCUCCUGCACCAGCUUCACCAACUCAACCAGUUAAGGAUGAAAAGCCUGCAGUCAAAGAAAAUGAAGCCAAGAAAGAAGAAGAAACUCCUGCUCCAGCCCCAACACCUGCACCAGCUGCUGCGCCAAAACCAGAAGAGAAACUUUCCAAGCCUGAAAAAGAACAGCCACCAGCUGAAGAGCAAGAAGCACAGCCUCCUCCACCAUGUCAAAUUGUAAUAAACAAGUACUCUGAUGCACAUCUUCUAAAAAUAGUCCACCAGAUGCAGCAACGUACACAAAUUUACAAAGAAAAAGUCAUAGACCCCUAUGCAUCCUCACCUGAGUGCAGCCCUCCAGUCACACCUGUUUUGAGAAAAAAGGAUUUCUUGAAAAAGCAAGAAGAAGAGAGAAAAAGAAAAGAAGAGGAUGAGAGGAUCAAAAAGGAGGAGGAGGUAAAGAAAGCAGCAGCAAAAGCCGAGGAAAAGAAAGAGAAGAAAGAAGAGAAGAAGGAAGAAAAGAAAGAUGAUAAAACAAAAGAUGAGAAGAAAGAAGAGACUGAACCAGCCAAGAAAAGAUUUCUUACUAUUUCUUCGAAAGUCAAAUGCACCUGUCUAGACUCAAUGCUGAAACCUAUUGAAGACAGAAUGGAUAAACUUUUGGGCACAUCCAUAGAUCCAUGCACAGAUCGGCGGUACAUCACUUGGCUUAGCGUGGUGACUAUUGCCUUCAGCUACAACCUUUGGUUCAUACCAGUCCGUAUGGUCUUCUCCUGUCACACUCCUGGCUCAAUUCCUCUGUGGUUUACUGCAGAUGUCCUAGCUGACCUGAUCUACAUCAUCGAUAUGAUCAUUUUCCAGCCAAGGCUCCAGUUCUGCAAGAGUGGAGAUAUUAUUUAUGACCGAGCUGUUAUUAAGAAGAAUUACAGAGCCUCCCUAAAAUUUCAGCAUGCCCUAAUAUCAGUCAUACCCCUGGACAUCUUCUAUAUUCCAUUUGGAUUCCAAUCCAUUUUCAGAAUUAAUCGCAUCGUGAGGUUUGAGGCUUUUUUUGAGUUCAGUGAUCGACUUGAGGGCAUCAUGACAAAGGCGUACAUCUGGAGAGUAAUUCGCACCAUUGGAUAUCUCCUGUUUGUCCUUCAUAUCAAUGCUUGCCUUUACUAUGUGGCAUCUGCCUACCAAGGCAUUGGUACAACCAAGUGGGUCUACAGUGGCCGUGGCAAUGCGUACUUGCACUGUUACUAUUUUGCUGUGCGGACCCUGAUCAACAUUGGUGGACUACCUGAGCCUUACACUGUUUUUGAGAUCACAUUUCAGUUGACAAACUUUUUUAUUGGUGUCUUUGUCUUCUCAAGUUUAAUUGGACAGAUGAGAGAUGUCAUUGGGGCUGCAACUGCUGGUCAGACAUACUUCCGUGCCUCCAUGGAUGCAUGUGUAGCCUAUAUGGUGUCAAAUCACAUUCCAAAGCUGGUACAACACAGAGUCCGUACAUGGUACAACUACACCUGGGACUCACAGGGUAUGCUGGAUGAGUCAGAGUUGCUGGAACAAAUGCCACUGGUAAUGAGAACGGCUAUCGCUGUGGACAUCAAUCUCACCACUUUCCAGAAGAUUGACCUGUUUAAGGGAUGUGAUAACCAGAUGCUUGUGGACAUGUUGCUGAGGCUGAAGUCUAUAGUCUAUCUGCCAGGGGAUUUUGUGUGUAAGAAGGGUGACAUUGGUAAGGAGAUGUACAUCAUCAAAGCCGGAGAGGUACAGGUUGUUGGUGGACCUGACAACAAGAUAAUUUUUGUGACAUUGAAGGCAGGCUGUGUGUUCGGUGAGAUUAGUCUUCUGCAGUCUUCAGCAAAUGGAGGCAACAGGAGAACAGCUAAUGUGGCAGCUCAUGGAUUUGCUAACCUCUUUGUGCUGGAUAAGAAAGACCUCAAUGACAUCCUGGUUCACUACCCAGAAUCUCAGAAAGUUCUGGCCAGGAAAGGAAGGAAACUAAUGAAGGCCAAGGGUCCAGCUGCGGCCAAAGCAGAAGGGGAGAAAAAGAAAGGCAUAGAGCUGUUUGGACCCAAACCUCCCACUCCUAAAAUGCUUCGGGCAUUUGGAAGGUUCAACAAAAAAGCAUUUAUAGACAAACUCAAGGUCUCUACAAAUAUGCAAUAAGUAUGGCAAAAGGACAAUUUCACCAUUCCCUUCAGGAUGCUUUCACUUUUGUAUAUGGACUCACUUAUGAGUAGAUUGUGCAUUUUGUACCAAAACAUCAUAAAAAAAUUAAGUUCAGUGAAUUCUUUAAAUUAAGUGUAUUUACACACUAAUUUACAAAAAACAAUAAGCAGUUAAUCUGUUCUCUGUUCAUUUGCCAAUAAUGCUUAUGGUCCUGGGAAAAGAUAAGCAUUGUUGAAAUCCCUAGUCUAAUCCCUUUAGCCUAGCCAGGACACUGUGAGGUUUCAUUAAGUAAGUGGUCUCUCUGUAUGUAUAGUCAGUGUGCACAUGCACAACAGUAAGCUACAGGAAUAGUAGCAUUAAAUAAACUAUUCCUGCUUCUGUUCUAGUUGAAGAUGAACUAUGAUGUUUCACAAAGUACUUGCAUAAGGAAAUAAAGGAAUUGCUGGGAAGAUUAUAGAAAUUAAAAAUAAUUGGGCAAAAUAUUCAAAUUAAAAUCUCUUUUGUUCAGCCUAGUUAACCAGUAUGGUGUGCAUUUGCAUAUGACACAUACUGUAGAAAAGAUGUGUUCUCCAGCGGAACCUUAUAGAGCUAAAAGAGUUAAUAAAUUGCAACAGUUGUUUGAGGAAAAUUGAAGAAUAACCCUGGGCAUGAAUUCAGUAAAUAUCCAAAAACACUUAUGCCCCAAAGUAAUGGAAGCCCAAAAAUUCCAGUGCAGUAUCUCAAGAACAAUCUCAUAGUCCUGACUGUAUAAGCGAAACCACAGUCACAUUUAAAACUAUAGUUUGCCAUACUUCAGCUUCUUUACUUUGUAUGGUAUCACACUGGCACAAGAUAUUCAAAAUAUUUUUAAUUGGCAAAUUAAUUGUAAAUCAUAUUACACAAAAUAGCAAUAAGACAGUGUUGACAUCAACAGCAUUAGAAUUAUUAAUUUGAUUUGCACAAUACAACAAUGCAAUAAAUGAGAUUUCUGGACUGGUCAUAUUAUGGGAAGAAAAAAAAGUAAUUGUCACAAAUCUCCCCUUUCCGCAUGUCACACGAUUCAGAGCUCAAUGGGCACUACUUUCACAUUUUGUUUUCAGUUCAUGUCUUGUUUUUUUGUUUUUGUUUACAUUGCCAUGUAUGAAGGACCAAACCUGCAGAAAUUAAAAAUAAAGAAAUAGAUAGAUAGAUAGAUAGAUAGAUAGAUAGAUAGAUAGAUGUAAUUGGAAAAUAAAUAAAGGAAUAAAUGACUCAAUAAAACAAAUAUAAGUCAUUGUAAAUUUAAUUUAAUCUUACACUUAUUUUUGUAUCACUUUUUCCCUUCAUUUAUUUUCUGUAUUAUUUUUUAUUUAUUUUAUUCGUUUUAACUUUUAUUUAUUUAUUAUCUUACUUAUGUAUUCAGUUUAUUUUUAGAUUAAUUUCUUUAUGCAUUCAUUCAUUUUUUGAUUUAUUUAUUUAUGCAUUAAUUUAUUUUUAUAUGAAUUUAUUCCUGCAUGUAUUUAUUUCAACAUUUUUAUUUAUUUAUUUAUUUAUUUAUUUAUUUAUUUAUUUAUUUAUUUGUAUUUAUACUAUAAAUACAAAGACAUUUCUGUGUCUCGUAUGAUAAUUAGGUGAGCUGGUCUCGCUUGCCAUUGGCUUCAAUCAUAGAUUGAAGUGUGUGCUCGAUUAGUCUUCGCUUGUUUUGGAGUGACGUCAGGUCGUAGCUAUCGUGUAAACUAUGGCGGACGCUUCACAAAUAGCAAGAGAGUUUUGCUCUCUUAGACCUGACGCUUAUAUGUGAGCUCUCAACCAAUGACAUGCUGGAGCUACGCAGGGACCACCUCCCUCAUUUGCAUAUUGCACACAAUUCUAAAUAAUUAAAUGUUUAAAUAAAUAAAUAUGGAAAUAAAUACAUAUGGAAAUAAAUGAAUAUAAAAAUAAAUGAACGCAUAAAUAAAUACAUAUAAAAAUAAAUGCAAAAAUAAUAAAUAAAAGCUAAAAAAAGAAUACAAAUAAAUCAAAUAAAAUGAAGGAAAUAAGUGAUACAAAAAUAAGUUUAAGAUGAAAUUUAAUUAAAAAUGAAUUAUAUUUAUAUUGUCAAGCCAUUUAUUCCUUUAUUUAUUUAUCUAUCUGUUUAUUUAUUUUUAAUUUCUGCAGGUUUGGUCCUACAUAGCCAUGUGCCUGUGUUUUGCCAUUAGCAAUAAUUCACCUAAUUACGUGGUAAGACAGUCUUUAUAAGAUUUUUAAUCUGCAUGUCAAAAUGUCUGCCAGGGUUUGCCCAUGAGAAAAGGCUGACUUGGCAGAUUUGGGGGUUCAAUAUGCUUUUGUAAGCUUGAAUGACUGUCAAAAUCUGGUGACAGAUCGUAAAAGUAGACAAUAUUAAUUAUCAUGAAUUUAUGGUUUGAUUUUUCUACUUUCACUAUGGUUUAUUGUUGAUUAGAUCUCCUAAAUAACUGCACCAAAAUAAAAGACUGUGCUUAACAAUGA